AUCUAGAAAAGGGAACGUCCCUUAAAAAUUCAUGAACAAAAUCACAGAUAGCAAAAGCUAGGAACCCUAAUUCCGAGUGAGAAGGGAAGAAAAGAAAAAGAACAAAGAUGAGGCCGAUUUUGAUGAAAGGUCAUGAAAGGCCAUUGACGUUUCUCAAGUACAACAGAGAUGGCGAUCUUUUGUUUUCGUGUGCCAAGGAUCAUACUCCCACCGUUUGGUUCGCCGACAACGGCGAGCGUCUCGGCACUUACCGUGGCCAUAACGGCGCUGUUUGGACUUGCGAUGUCUCAAGGGAUUCGACGAGGCUUAUAACUGGAAGUGCUGAUCAAACGGUGAAGUUAUGGAAUGUUCAGAAGGGAACUCAAUUAUAUACGUUUAAUUUUGGUUCACCGGCGAGGUCGGUGGAGUUUGCCAUUGGGGAUAAACUUGCUGUCAUUACCACGGAUCCCUUCAUGGAAUUGACAUCCGCUAUUCAUGUUAAACGCAUUGCCGGAGAUCCAACCGAACAAACUGAGGAAUCUGUGCUUGUCAUCAAAGGUCCUCAAGGUAGAAUAAAUAGAGCUGUUUGGGGACCCCUCAAUAGGACUAUCAUUAGUGCUGGAGAAGAUGCUGUAAUUCGUAUAUGGGAUUCUGAGACUGGAAAACUGCUUAAAGAGUCUGACAAGGAAUCUGGCCACAAAAAGACAAUAACAUCUCUCACAAAGGCAGCAGAUGGUUCACACUUCCUUAGUGGUUCCCUAGAUAAAUCGGCCAAGCUAUGGGACACAAGAACAUUGACUCUUAUCAAGACAUACAGUACUGAACGCCCAGUCAAUGCUGUUGCAAUGUCUCCCCUUCUUGACCAUGUGGUGCUUGGAGGUGGCCAGGAUGCAUCAGCUGUCACAACUACCGAUCAUCGUGCUGGAAAGUUUGAAGCUAAAUUCUAUGACAAGAUACUUCAAGAGGAAAUUGGAGGUGUGAAAGGGCAUUUUGGGCCUAUAAAUGCUUUGGCUUUUAACCCAGAUGGGAAGAGUUUUUCGAGUGGAGGGGAGGAUGGAUAUGUGCGAUUACACCAUUUUGACCCGGACUACUUCAACAUCAAAAUUUAAAUUUUGGUGACAAAAAGAAGACUGAAAAAGUUGUUUUUGUAGCAAUGAUUUAUGCGUUCAAUUUUCAGUGGUAUUUGACUGCAAAGGGAUAAGAUCCUAUAUUUAUGCACAUAACCAGCUUUUUUGUUUGUUCGUUGAAA